GCCCAAACUACCUACCGCGAGUCCGCGACCUUCCAUCCUCCUAUCAACGAAUCAGUUCCUCUCCUCCCCUCCCUCUCAUCUCAUCCAUGGAUACACUUUCCUCUCAAUCCUUCGCCUCCACCACUAACCUCAACCUCUACCACUACCCAUUCAAACCCUCUCUCAGGCCCUCCAAACCCAACAGAGUUUCACUCAACACUCCCCCACCAGACUUCGACUACAAGAAAUCCACCCUCCUGCCCGACUCUCGGUCCGCAAUAGCCCAAGCCCACCCCGAGCUGCUCGAUUUGGCCGACAACGGAACCCUCGUCCUGGUCCUGAAGAGUCGGUUCGGUCCGGUGCCGGAUUGGCGGGCCGAGUUCGUGGAGCCCGAGGCGAUUUGGUUGAUUGGGACGACCCAUAUCUCUCGCGAAUCGGCGCUGGAUGUGGAGCGCGUGGUGCGUGCUGUUAAUCCCGAUAAUGUUGUCGUGGAGCUUUGUAGAAGCAGAUUUCAUCUUCAGAGCUGGUAUUAUGUACACGUCCAAUGAUGGUGAGCAAAUGAGGUCGAAUAUGUUCUCUUUGAGUGGCACUGGAUUUUUUGGUGCUGUUGGUCGUAGCUUAAACCUAGGGGGUCAGACUGCUCUGGCAUUACGUUUACUGUUGGCAGUUUUCUCGUCAAAAGUCUCUUCGGACAUGAACCGGCCCUUUGGGGAUGAGUUUCGUGCUGCUCGAAAAGUAUCUGAAGAAAUUGGAGCUCAAGUAGUUUUGGGGGAUCGGCCAAUUGAAAUAACUCUUGAAAGGGCUUGGAAUUCUCUUAAAUGGAAUGAGAAACUGGACCUAGUCCUCUCUGUUGUUCGUGGCAUAACAUCAUCAGCUGAUAUGUCCAGGAACAGUUUGAAGGAAUCAAGCACAGAUGAUAGCUCUUCGCAGCUGUAUGAGCAGCUAAGUUGUUCAUACCCAUCUCUCCUACGGCCUCUUAUACAUGAGCGUGACACAUAUCUUGCAUGGUCUUUGAAGAGGAGCAAAGCGGUGAAAAAUGGUAAGAGAGUUGUAGGGGUUAUCGGAAAGGGGCACCUUAACGGAGUGAUAUACGCACUAAUAUCGGAUCAGGGCAACUUGCGGUUCCAAGACCUUGCCGGAAAGAAGCCAUCCGGUGAUAGCUCCUAUUCUUGGGUUGGGACACUUCUAAAUAACUUGGUUAGAGACACUGUAAUUGGCAUCCUUCUGUGGGCAUUGUUUGAACAGUUGAAGACAGCAUUUUAGAACAUUUUACGUGAAUAGUACAGUAUGUACAUCUUGAUCUCCA